AUGCCCCGCCUCCGAGCCAAACACCUCCUCGCCCUCUCUCUCUACACGGUGCUCUCCGUGCUCCCCGCCGCUGGUGCGGGGUGCGCAGGCAUCAGCGGUAGCGCCUCCCCCAGCGACCCGUUCUGGAUGAACACCGCGGCCCUGACGAGCGCGAGCAAGAGCGCGUACAAGGCGGGCUACAAAGUCUUUCGCAACGUGAAGACGGACUACCACGCUGUGGGCGAUGGCGUCGCGGACGACACGGUGGCGAUUAACAAUGCGAUUAGUGACGGCGGUCGGUGUGGACAGGGCUGCGCGUCCUCUACACUUACUCCCGCAAUUAUCUUCUUCCCGCCUGGAAAAUACCGUGUCACCGCUCCUAUCAUCCCUUUCUACUACACCACUCUCGUCGGCGACUACAAUAACAAGCCCACCAUCAUCGCGGACGCGAACUUCGUUGGGAUCGCAGUUAUCGAUGCUGAUCCGUACAUCCCCGGCGCAGUUAACCCCGACGGCACCGGGGUUAAUUGGUGGACGAACCAGAACAACUUCUUCCGCUCGAUCCGCAACUUCGUCAUCGACGUGCGCGCCGUGUCGCCCAACGCGUAUGGCACGGGGAUACACUGGCAGGUCGGGCAGGCAACGUCGUUGAAUAAUAUCGACUUCAAGAUGUCUUCUGCUUCGGGGACGAAACAUCAGGGAAUAUUCAUGGAGAACGGCUCCGGAGGAUUCAUGUCCGACCUCACCUUCGACGGUGGCGCGUUCGGGAUGUGGAUCUCCAACCAACAAUUCACCAUCCGCAACGUGAAGAUCACGAAUGCGGUGUCGGCGGUGUACCAGCUCUGGAACUGGGGGUUCACGUGGCAGAACAUCCAGAUAUCCAAUUGCCAGGUCGGGUUCGACCUCGCCACGGGUGGGCUCACGCUCGAGACGCAGAGUGCGGGCGGCGUGCUGAUCAUCGACUCGAAGAUAUCGUCCACUGGGAUCGGCAUCCGCAUGACGAGCAGCCAACCCAGCAAACUCGGCGGCUCGGUUAUCCUCGACAACGUUGCCUUCUCGGCGAUCACAACGGCAAACAUCCAGGACGCGAGCGGUACCGUCGUCGCCGCCAACGCCGGCGUCGGCCUCGAGUGGUUCCAGGGAAAUGUCUACCUCGGAAACACCAAACGAUACCUCCGCGGAUCCUAUACGCCCGCCGGCUCGCGCCCACAGCUGCUCACGGACGGGUCGGGGACGUAUUUCUCACGCUCACGCCCGCAGUAUCAGUCGUAUUCCCCAGGCCAAUUCCGCACCCUAAUGACCAGUGGUGUUGGCGCGAAAGGCGAUGGUGUCACAGACGACACCGUCGCAAUUAAUAAUUUCAUCUCUCAGAACUCCGGUUGUGCGAUUCUAAUUAUCGAGACCGGAACAUACCUUGUCUCUGACACGAUCUUUGUACCAUCGGGCACACAGCUUGUCGGCGUGCUCUAUUCGGUCAUCAUGGGCACCGGGAGCAAGUUUGCGGACCAGAACAAUCCGCGGCCCGUCGUCCGCGUCGGCAACCCCGGGGACGUAGGUAUUGCCGAGCUUAGCGACUUUGUCAUCACGACGACGGGCGGGUCAGCCGGCGCGAUCGGCAUUCAGUGGAACCUGGCCGCGUCGUCGUCUGGAUCUGCGGGUCUGUGGGACGUGCAUGUCCGUCUCGGCGGCGCCAGGGGAACCAAUAUCAAUUCGGCCAACUGUCCGACCUCCUCCGUGAAUGCUGCCGCCUGUGCUUCCGCGUUCCUGGGUAUACAUAUCACAUCGUUCGGCUCAGGUUACUUUGAGAAUGUCUGGGUAUGGAACGCUGAUCACGAUCUCGACGAUCCGAACCAAACGCGGAUCAAUUCUUUCAGUGGCCGCGGCGUUCUCGUCGAAUCGGCCAGCGGGCCCGUGUGGCUCGUCGGAACUGCUUCUGAACACCAUGUUAUUUAUCAAUAUGCGUUCCAUAACGCGCAGAAUGUCUACGCUGGCUUGAUCCAGACGGAAACACCCUAUUUCCAGCCAACGCCUAUCCCGCCCACGCCGUUCUCGACGAAUGCGCUUUAUGGCGAUCCGUCUGAGGCGGUCGUUGAUGCUUGGGGUCUUGUCAUCACACGCUCCUUCAAUAUUUUCGUUUAUGGUGCUGGGUUGUACAGUUUCUUCCAGUCAAACCUGUGUUUGGUGGACCGCGAGUCAUCUGCGGUAUAUAUCUACCAGCUGACAACGACAGGGACGACGAACAUGAUCAGCUACCCCGGAAACGCGUCCAUCGCGCUCCAGGCGGAUAAUAUCGACGGUUAUGCAAGCACGCUCACUUUGUGGGAGGCUGAUGGCACCGGCUCCCCUGGGGGUGGAAAUGGUACAAAUGGAGGUGGAGGCUUCGGAAACUGGAACUUCGUACCGUGGAAUCCCAAUCCGAUUCCACCCACAAAUGCCGUGUCGGAGACAUUCUCCAUCGCAGGCGGCGCCACUACGGUCAUUCCUAUACCCACGCAGCCGACGAUUGUCAGUAUCGGAGGCCAGAUCAUCUUCCUCGAUCCCGGAGGGACUCCUGUGACCGCGAUGCUGCCCUCCACUGUAACAGAAGUCAACGGCGUGAAACCGACAUGGAGCUUCCAAAUCGUUCCGCCAGCGACUGGGUCUAUCACCUUCACGGCCCCCGUUUCUGGUGGCGCUCCCACCUUCACAACCGUUGUCACGCAGCCCACAAGCGGCGCGAUCCAGACGGUGACUGGGCCCGGCGGAGUGCGCUGGUCCUUGUCUCUCGCGCCGACUGGCCCCGUCGUUCUUGGCACGCUGCCCACGACCAUCGGCAUUUCCGGCGGGAUUACCCCAACCCCGAUCAUGCCCGUCGGCUGGCUCGGUCCGUGGACCGAUCCGGUCUUCCCUUUCACCGUCACGACCGGCCAGCCGCCGCAGUCGAAUACCAACAUUCCAUGGAACCCUAAUCCGUUCCCCUCGCCCGGCGCGAAGACCGAGACGUUUGUCUGCUCGGGAACGACGACUAGCUUCCCGAUACCGACGGCGACGAAGAUUAUUUCGGCUGGAGGGGCGACCAUUACGCUGAAUAGUGGCGGCACCCCGGUGGGCGGUCCUUUGGCUACACAGUGCUCGGAAGUGGGAGGCAUCUUCCCAACGUGGUCGCUGGACAUCAUCCCUCCCCCCGGCGCUUCCACCAUCACAUUCACAGGCCCCCUCACAUCCACGCCGACAUACUUCAGCAUCGUCCCUGUUCCGCCAAAAACCGACUCGCCGAAUCCGACCGUCACCGGGCCCCCGGGCGACCAUAAUCGGUGCAACCCCUUCAACUUCUGGACCCUCCUCUUCGGUGGCAUCAUUAACCAAUGCCUCCCCAUCGAUGUUGGCAUUAUCCACGGUAUUACACCGGUGCCCAUCCCACCUCCCGACUGGACAGGGCCGUGGACAAAUCCGAUCCCCCGCCCGACUCCUCCUCCUCCUGGCGGCGGCGGCGACGAAAACACGCAGUCCGUCAGUAGGCCUACCAGUAGCAUGAGUCGGUCAUCGUCUUCUUCGACCGCCUGCCCGACGCGUCCUGCGGACCUCACUUUGCCAGACGACCCGAAUAACGCAGACUGGGAUGGACAGGGCACUGACCCUGAUCGGAAACGGAAGCGAGAAAGCGUCCACCCUGAGGUUCCACAUAACGAGAAAUAUCUUACACGUGAAUCUCCAGCGGCUAGACUGGUAAGCUGGGCUCAGAGGGUGCUCGCUUCCGCAGCCAACCCGCUCCGUUUCAUGUCUGAGUGGCGGCGAGAGACUCUGCCACCUCCCCCUUCGGUCGCAGAUCGCCAUGUCUCUUUUGGUCCGCACCCUGCGCCAUUCCAUGGGGGGUCAGACCGGCAACUCAAUGGCACACUCCAUCAACUCGCUCGUCGAAACCGGCGCAUCAACAUUCCGCGUUGCCCAGCCGUGUCAUUCACAAAUCCUCAGAAUGUUCUUUUGGGGCCGGCCGACUACGUGGAACUGGACCCCGCAGGCGGAAUCACCGGCACCGUUUUGGUGGGCGUGCCAGUUGGCGGCAAGCCUGCUGGGGCAACCAAUCAGGAACAUGUUUUCGAACUAGGUUAUAUUGGACAGUGGGUCGGAUCUGUUCCGAUGCAAGCUGGAGACUGUACUUGGCGAGGUUCAAAACAAUCUGUUCAGCUAUCUACGAACGGACGGUACGACAAUGGCGCUCGCACUCGUCCAAGCUAUCGAUCAGACGCCAAAUAUGGUGUAGGCUAUCUCAACCUCGGUGUAUUCGUUCGUCUAAUUCCCUGCAGCUGGGUUGAUAAACCACUCAAUCAAGCUAAAUCGAAUGUCGUCAAUCUCAAUGCGAAUACCCCGCAGAAUCCGCCUAUGCGCGCAGUCAUGGAUAAUAUAUCGACAAUUUACCCGUCUUUUAAUGCAGCGGCGGAUUCAAUUUAUAAGAUAGAGUUCUUCUUGCGCAGCUUGGCUGCCGUUGGCCAAUAUUUCGGCGGCACAACCCAGAUAUUCCACGACACGGCGCUGCGCGUCCAAAAUCUGCUGUCUGAGAUCACGCCUACUCAGAAGCUAGCCGACGAUGCGAGCUUACCGCUCAUGUUCAACACCUGGCUGACAAAUCUGAUCAACACGUAUCCCGCCGGCUGCACGUCGCGCGGUCAGAACGCGUGGACAUAUUAUCGCAACUCGAUGAAUACGUUGGCGAAUCGAUUGGGCGUGCCUGUUCCGGCAUGCUUCCCGCUCUAUACGCUCAAUGUUUACAAUCCUUCCACUUUUAAUGCUCGCCUUCUUAUCCCCACAGCGCCGACGUCACCUCGCUGCAAUGUCCCUGGUACCGGCGGAGUCCUCACCUAUACUCAACAGACUCCACCCGGGACCCUGUCCCCCAUCGGGACCCUUCAAUACGGCACCAACAACAACCAGGUCCAGAUCAUGGGCUCCGGAAACACGAAUCGUUAUGCCGUCGGGUCCGGCGCCUCCCUUCGGGGCAACCACCUUCAAGGCCGCGCGCUCAACAGCGUCAGUGCGACAGACUGCCCGAAUUCGUUCCUCUUCGACGACGUCGCAGCAAACACAGCCGGCUAUGCUACGACCGAGCUAGACUUCGCCUGCAGGAACGGACUGGGGCCGCAGGACGUUGACGUUACCUUCGUUAUGGGCGGUCGCGGGCUUCCGGCGUGCAUCUUGGUGCGCAGGGAUGGAAACUCGCCCUGGAAGGUGCUCUGCAGCCCCACGGCGCAAGAGACGAACAAUUGCGCGGGCACAUUUGUGCUCCUUGGCGCACCGGGUCUGCGCAAGCGUGCCCUGGAUCCGUUGACGCUGGCGAUCAGUGCGCUGAGCUUCUCGGUAUUUGGUGGCCUGUAG